AUGCGAGGACAACUCUCUCUGCUCCAUGCGCUGCUGCCCAGAUGGACCCCCUCGUCGGUGGAUGUCCAGAGAGAACCAUCGAUCCCCAUCCCGCCCCGCGGGGCCUGGCUCCUCUGCUUCCUGCUGGCCACCCUGAGUCUGCCCUGCGUGGUGGUGGCUCCUCAGUCGCCCGCCAUCUUCCGCGUCGGCGUGCUGGGGCCCUGGGCGUGCGACCCCAUCUUCGCCAAGGCCCGGCCGCGGGCGGCCGCCCACCUCGCCGUGCAGCGGAUCAACCGCGACCCCAGCCUCUCGCUGGGCACCACCUUCGACUUUGUGGUCCUGGAGGAGGACUGCCACACCUCCAUGGCCCUGAACAAGUUCAUGGGGCUCUAUUCCCACGCCACGGCCCUCGUGGGCCCCGUCAACCCGGGCUACUGCGACACAGCCUCCCUGAUAGCCAAAACCUGGAACAAGGCCAUGUUCUCCUGGGCGUGUGUAAACUAUGAGAUGGACAACGCGGCGCGGCAUCCCACCUUCGCCCGCACGGUGCCGUCCCCGAUCCGGGUGCUGCUAGCCCUGGUGCGGAACUUUCGAUGGGCAAAUAUGGCCAUUAUCGCAUCUGCCGAUGAUGUGUGGACAAACACAGCCAAUAAGGUGGCUGAUGCCCUGCGAAGCAAUGGCUUCCCAGUCCGGAUGGUGCUGUCCACUAGCAAUCACCCCGCCAGCGUGCGCCACACACUGGCGAAGAUCAAGAAAAUGCGCGAGAUUCGCAUGGUCAUUCUCUGCAUGCACUCCGUGCUGAUUGGUGGUGACACUCAGAAGGUGCUCCUGGAGACGGCCAUGGACAUGCACCUGGCCGACGGCUCGCUGGUCUUCGUGCCGUACGACACCCUCCUCUACAGCCUGCCCUACCGAGGGGUCAAGUACCCACCGCUGCAGAAGAACAGCAAACUGAGGCGGGCAUACGACGCGGUGCUCACCGUCACCAUGGAAUCGGUGGACAACUCCUUCCACCAGGCCUUUGAAGAGGCAGUCCGAUCCAAUGAGCUGCCUAUGAACAUGCAGCCACACCAGGUGUCCCCGCUGUUCGGAACCAUCUAUAGUUCCAUCCUCUUCCUGGCCAAUGCCAUGCAGGGCGUGCGCGACUCCAAAGCCUGGCUGUCGGGGUCCUCGCUGGCCCGCCACAGUAAGAACAUGGCCUUCCACGGCUUCAGCCACCACGUGCGCACCAACCACUCGGGCCACGGCUUCCUGGACUACGUGCUGCUGGACACGGACGGCCAGGCGUGGGAGCUGAGCCCUACCCACCAGGUGGACUUGGAGGCGGACAUGGUGAGGUUCCUGGGCCGGUCCAUUCACUUCCCGGGGGGGAACCAGCCCAAGGCCGACUCCAGCUGCUGGUUCACCCCCGGGUCGCUCUGCACCAGAGGAGUGGCCCCCAUUCUACUGAUCAAAGGAUUCCUGUCAACCGUGGUGUCCAUUGUACUAGGCACGGCAUUCUAUUAUUGCAUAAGACGGCGCAUCAUCAAGAUUCGACUGCUGAGGGGGCCGAACAAGAUCCUUCUCACCCUCAACGAUGUCACUUUCAUCAAUCCGUCACUUAGCAACAAGAAAUUUCCGAGUGACAUGACCGGAAGGCCAUCAAAUGACGAUCAGAGUGUGAGAACUCCGUCCUCAAUCUCCAGCCUCACCCCAGCCACACACGAGAACUCGAACGUGGUGAUAUUUGAGGGUGACUGGGCCUGGCUGAAGAGACUCCCAGAAGGAAACUUCAGAGCCAUAAAUGUUCAGACCAGUGAUGUCUUUGAGCUGAUGAAGGACAUCAGGCAUGAGAACAUCAACCCUUUCCUGGGGUACUUCCUUGACUGCGGGGUGUUUGCCAUGGUGACAGAUUACUGCUCACGAGGAAGCCUGUAUGACCUGAUUCGCAAUCCAGACGUGAAGUUGGACUGGAUGUUCAAGUCUUCUCUCGUGUUGGAUCUCAUUAAGGGUAUGAAGUACUUACACCAUCGGAAUAUGUGCCAUGGGCGACUGAAGUCCACCAACUGCGUUGUGGACGGGCGCUUUGUACUCAAGGUCACUGACUAUGGACUUAACAUGGUGCUGGAGGCACAUAAGUUUGCUUAUCAGGAGCCAACACCAGAUGACCUCCUGUGGACAGCCCCUGAGAUUCUCCGCAGCCCUUACCCUGGAAUUGGAGGCACCAGAGAGGGCGAUGUCUACAGCCUCUCCAUCAUCAUGCAGGAGGUGGUGCUCCGCAAACCCCCUUUCUUCAUGCUCAACCUCACAGCUGAAGAGAUCGUUCAGAGAGUGAAGAAACCACCCCCCCUGUGCCGGCCCGUAGUGACGCCCGAUCAUGCGCCUCUAGAGUGCAUUCAGCUCAUCAAACAGUGCUGGAACGAGCAGCCAGAAAAACGGCCGCCCUUUGAAGAGAUAUUCGACUUGUUUAAAAACAUAAACAAGGGCCGGAGGACCAACAUCAUUGACUCCAUGUUGCGCAUGCUGGAGCAGUACUCGUCCAACCUGGAGGAGCUGAUCCGUGAGCGGACGGAGGAGCUGGAGAUCGAGAAACAGAAGACGGAGAAACUGCUCACACAGAUGCUGCCCCCGACUGUGGCAGAGGCCCUGAAGAUAGGGGGCGCUGUGGAGCCAGAGUACUUUGACAGUGUGUCGCUGUACUUUAGUGAUAUCGUGGGCUUCACCACUAUCUCAGCCAACAGUGAGCCGAUUGAUGUUGUGGACCUGCUAAAUGACCUUUACACGGUGUUUGAUGCCAUCAUUGGAAACCAUGAUGUGUAUAAGGUGGAGACCAUUGGCGAUGCCUACAUGGUGGCAUCAGGGGUUCCUGAACUCAAUGGCAAUCGGCACGCCGCUGAGAUUGCCAACAUGGCCCUGGACAUCCUCAGCGCUGUGGGCACCUUCAGGAUGAGACACAUGCCCGAGGUGCCAGUGCGUAUACGCAUAGGACUGCACACAGGCCCCUGCGUAACAGGCGUGGUAGGCCUCACCAUGCCACGGUAUUGUCUGUUCGGUGACACCGUCACCACUGCAUCUUCAAUGGAAUCCUCUGGAAUGCCUUACCGCAUUCACGUGAGUCAGAGCAUUGUGAAUAUCCUCCUGGAACUCAAAGAGGGAUAUCAAAUCCAACUCAGGGCCAGGACCGAACCAAAGUCAAAGGGCGCUGAAGAUACCUACUGGUUGGUCGGCAAAGUUGGCUUCGACAAACCACUGCCCAUACCCCCAGAGUUAAAGUUAGGGGUAGACAAGGAGAAGAACACCAAAGAUUUGAAGAGCAUCCUGAGAAAAGCAGUUAGGAGGCUUUCAGCUGUCCGGCAAGUGGUUCAGUUGCACACUCAGGACAAUGACGAGAACGUCAUGAUGCACCAUCACAUUUGAGCCACUUAUUCUGACUGACCGACAGAGAGUCAAGAAGGAGAGUUGUUGAGGGACUGUUGAAGUCCUCUUUCUCUUGUCCUUUUUGGCCUACAUUGCUGACUGCGCACAUUAGGCUGGCUGGACAUAAGCAUGAGCAUUCUGUAGGCUACAGGGAAAUUAGUCAGAACUUGGUGUAACCAAAACACAAACACAAGGCUUGCUUAGAGGUGCUGAACCAAGGCCCAUCAACAGCACAAAACGGAUAUGAAGGCAUACACAU